AUGGCAAAUAAAUAUUCGAAACCUAAAUUUAUCGGAAUUGAUAUUUCUCCAGUUCAAACUGAUGAAAAUAAACCACUUAAUGCUGAAUUUAUUCAAGCAAAUGUGUUAGAACGUUUACCUUUUGAAGAUAAUACGUUCGACUUUAUAUUUCAACGUUUUUUGUUAAGCGGAAUUCCUGUAAACAAAUGGGUAUCAAUGAUUAAUGAAUUAGUUCGCGUAUUAAAACCUGGUGGUUACCUAGAG